AAACCAACUAGAUACCCUUUUGAUUUCACAAGACAUCGAUGUUGAAGACUCUAAUGUUCUGAAGAUGUCGGAGUGGCAAGACCUUGUCACUGAUCUGGAGAAAGCUUUCAACACUCCAUCAAAGAAAUUCAUCAUCAGGACACCUGGUGUGUAUCCAAGUCUACAAGUGGUAAUAUCUGGCUAUAAGCAAACUGUUGAUUCAGUCCGGAAACAAGUUGAUGAGUACUUAUGUCAGAAUACUCCAGUUGAUGAAACUCUUGAGGUCAAGUCUAAGGCCAUUGUCAAAUUCAUCGAGGAACACAACAAAAAUGCUUGGUCUGAUAAGGUUAAAGACACAGUAAAAGUGUCUUUCAAAGAUAAGGCGCAUUUGGCCUUAGCGGCAUCAGGGUUUAUGUCAAGGACUGCAUGGACUUUUUUCAAAACUUCAUAUCCUCAACAUCUUUGAUAUGUUGAGAGUCUCCAAGCCUGGGCGGAAAGAAGGCUCUUCCAGGAAAAGGAGGCCAUGUAUGUUGAAGACGUCUUCAGACAGACAGGCUGUGUGGUCCAUCUGGUUGAAAAGGAUUGACCACAAGGUCCAGGCUAUGGAGGACACAGAUCAGAAGGGGUUUGGGAGCCAUGGAAAAAGUCUUCAGCGACAUAAUCAUCCAACUUUCUCGACACAGAACCAGCAUAGGACUGAUUCAGAGCAGGGAUGGUUCUGACAGAGUGCAGACCAAAGAGGGGUUGACAAUCAUCCUGAUGAAAGGGAACAUCCAGGAUGCUAUGACUCAGGUGGUUGUGAACACAGUGGGUCUAGACCUGCUACUUCAUAGCGGAGCAGUCUCGAAUGCCAUCCUAAAAGCUGCCGGACCCCGACUUCAAGACCUGAUAAACGAACAGGGGCCCACUGGCAGUGCUGCUGAAGGAGCAGUCAUCAUCACUGAUGGUUGUAACCUUAAGAGCAAGCUGGUGUUUCAUACCAUUGCCCCUAAGUGGGAUCAAGGGAAAGGUGCAGCACAGAAGUUGUUGAGUGGAAUUGUGGAGGAAUGCCUGGGGAAUGCAGAGCAGCAGAGACUAGUCUCGAUGACCUUCCCUGCCAUCGGCACAGGAAACCUAGGAUUCCCCAAGGAUCUGGUGGCUUCACUUAUGCUGGAUCAGGUGCUCAAGUUCAGCAGUAAGAAGAAGCACAAACACUUGAAAGAGGUUGUGUUUAUCCUCCACCCAGGUGAUCCAAAUACUAUCCAGGCUUUCUCUGAUGAAUUUAACAAGAGGUUCACAACCAAGUCUGCAACUUCAGGUGGCUCAGCAGCGGUGUCUACUCAGAAGAUUAAAGGUUCUUCCUCAAGUUCAGCAAUGUACGAGAUAAAGAUGUCAGGAGUGGUUGUACAGGCUGUCACAGGGGACAUUACCAAAGAAACUACGGAUGUCAUUGUCAACUCUUCCAACUCCUCCUUCAGCCUCAAGUCAGGGGUUUCUAAAGCCAUUCUGGACGCAGCUGGUCCGACUGUGGAGACUGAAUGCCAACAACUCGGAGCCGAGCCUAACGAAGGCAUGAUAAUGACAAAGCCAGGCAACCUGCAGUGUAAGAAGAUCAUCCACCUGGUUAACCAGACAGACACUAAGAAGAUCCAGCAGUCUGUUGAAGGUGCACUCAAAAUGUGCACACAGAAUAACUUCACAUCCAUAUCUUUACCUGCUAUUGGCACGGGCCAAGGCAACAUACAGCCGAGUGAAGUGGCAGACGCCAUGUUGGAUGCUGUUGUGGAAGUGGUGUGCAAGAAGUCGCAGAACUCCCUGAAGCUUGUCCGAAUGGUCAUCUUUCAGCCUGCCAUGCUUACUGAUUUCCACACAAGUAUGCUUAAAAAGGAAGGCACUGACGCUCAGGAAAAGGAGGGCUUCUUCCAAAAUGUUUUAUCAUUCUUUACCAGAAGGAAAGUUGAUAAUGCACAACAGAAUGAAGUCAUUGAAAUUGAGAGCCAGGACAUGGAUCCUGCUUGCUUCCACAUCUGUGGUGUGUCGCAGGCCCAUGUUGAUCAUGCCAAGCAAGUGAUCAAGGACCUGAUCGUGAAAGAGCAAGACUUCAACCUCAUCAAUGACAAAGCCCUCUUCAGCCUAUCAGAAUUGGACCUGCAGAACAUCUAUGACAUGCAGACCGCCAUGGACGUGAGAAUAAGUUUUCACAAAUCUUCCCAAGAGGAGGCUAAAGUCACCAUAGAGGGCCUCAGCAAAGACGUGCUCAAGGCUUCCAAUGAGAUCCAUGAGAUGCUGAAAAAGGUCCGGCCCGAAGAGACUUUUAAAGAUGUCCCCCAGCACUGGGAUGACAUGCCAGCCAACACUCCAUGUCUGUCAUUCCCCAUUCAACCUGAAACCCAAGAGCAUAUUGACGUCCUAAAACUAUUUGAGGAAACUUGCAAGAAGAGUGUUCUAAAGAUUGAGAGGAUCCAGAACAAAAGCCUAUGGGGGGGCUUUCAGAUCAAGAAGAAAGACAUGGAGGCCAGGAACGGUCACCAGAACAAUGAGAGGAAGCUCUUCCAUGGAGCCUGCCACACAACCAUAGAUAAGAUUAACGAGCUUGGCUUCAAUCGGAGCUACGCUGGGAAAAAUGCUGCAUUGUAUGGAGACGGCACCUACUUUGCUGUAAAUGCAGAAUACUCUGCCAUUGACAAAUACUCCAAACCGGAUCCCCAAGGCCAGAAGUACAUGUACCUAUGUCGAGUUCUGACUGGAGAUUUCAUAACAGGAACAUCGGGGAUGAAAGUACCUCCAACUAAAAGUACCACAAGUAUUAAUCUCUAUGACAGUGUGACAGAUGGUGUUUCUCCACCAUCCAUGUUCAUAAUCUUCCAUGACAGUCAGGCAUAUCCUGAGUACUUGAUCACUUUCAAGUAGGGGUGGGGGGGGCGAUGUGGCCAAUACGUUGUAUUGAUCUUUUACAACUUUUUGAUCAUACAUCAUAAAUGACAUGUCAAUAUGUAAUUAGUUAUCUGUAACUCAUGUAGUUUAGCUGAAGUGUAAUAUCCAAAACCAAAAUCCCACUGGGCAAAAGCUGGUUGAAUAAAUGUUGUUUCCACGUCAUUUCAACCCAAAAAAUCUGUGAAGACGUCUGAAUCAACGUGGAAAACUGAUUGGAUUUGCAAAAACAGAUCAACGUAAGGGCAUUUUGUCUUUUUUUCACCCUACUUUUAACCUAAAUCCAAUGACAUGGUGACAUUUGUUGUUAACAACUCAACCAAAUAUAAUCAAAACUAGAAAUGUAACUGACGUCUGUGCCCAGUGCGAUCUGCUUUAUAAUUCAAAUGCUAUUUUUGGUAUUUAAAAAAAAACUUGUGACAUGCUCUAUAUUGGAAUAUUCAGUCAAGUCAAACUCAAAAUGUUUAGAUAGUAACAAUUUCAGCCUAGAAGGUUUUGUGAUUUUUACUGAUUCCAUGUCCACUUUGUUUGAAUGUCUAAAACAUCACCAGAACAUCCAACUUCACAAAAAUAUUGAAUCACAUUCCCAGACAGCACAGAUUCUGUAAAAUCCUGGGCUAAAAGGCUAUUUAAAUGGAGAUUCUCCAUUGAACAUGCUUUUUUAGUCCAGGAACUAGGUUUAAUAAUCUCUAUCCAGGAAACCAGCCCUUAGUGUUUUCACUUGAACAGUAAGUCAUCAGGUUUUGUGAAUGUUCACUUCAAGAAAGUAAUAACCUUUGGCGUUUCUCAGAGUACACAAUUCUUACAAAGUGGGUCAUAUAAACCAUGGUUUUUGCCUUGUUGCAUGCACAUAUUUGGAUUAUCAAGCCUUUCGGUUAAUGAAUAGUGAAUAUGACUGUUCUGAUAAAUCUUGUGAUAAUGCUUCUUUCUGUUGGUCUACAAUAAAUGUAAAAAUAAAGCUAAAAUAAAUAUAUUACAUUAA